AAAAAAGAGAGGAGAGAGAUCCAAUAAACAAAACAAAAAGCGCUUCACUUUCCUGCGAAAUUCCUCCGUUUCGCAAUCGUUUGUCGCAGAUCUCUGUCUCUCCUCCGUUCUUCACAGCGACCCGAAAUGCGGAGUGCGGAGUGCGAGAGCGACGUCGGAAAGCCCGAGGAUCGCGGCGAUCGCGGACGAGGCGAGGGCGAAGAGGAAGAAGGGGAGGAGGAGGUGGAGGAGGAGGAGAAGAUCGAGCUGUUCUUCGCGAUCCUCAGGAACUACAGGGACGCGCGGAACCGGAGGAGGAUCGAGUUGAUGGGGGAGCUGGCGGAGCGGGAGGCGGAGGAGUCGAGGCGGAAGAGGAGGAGGCUGGCGGAGCUGGACGGCGGGGAUCGGUGCUCGAGCUGGGUCCCGAGGUUCGAGCCGGAGGAUUUCAGCGCCGACGUCGAGUUCAGGACAAGGCCUCUCCCGCUCCCUCAUCCUCAUCCUCCUCCUCCUCCUCCUCCGCCUCCGGCGACUGUCAUUUCGCCGGCGAAGGCGGUGAAGAGGGAGGGGAAGGUAAGGGACGAUGGGUUGGAGCUCAAACUGACGAUCUGAUGGUGGAUAUCCUCGCCGGAGAUUUCGUAGGAUCUGUUUCUUCUGCGAUCGCUCUUGUUUAGGAAAAAAAAAGGUGGGAUGAAUCUGAUCAGCAAUGCUCUUUCCCUUUUUUUCCCUGAAAAUCCUGAUCGCUUUGGUUUAAUAUUAACUGC